AUGACAGACUGGAAGGCCUCACUUUCUGCCCUCGACAGAUACGGAAUAAUACAAACUCUUCAAGACAGUCUGCCACCCGACAAACGUGGCAACGCCAUAUCCAUUGAGCAAGAUGCCUUUCAAACCGCCUGCACCAAGGACCAAUACGAUGAAGCCAUAAAGGCAGCCUCCCAAACCGCAAAACACGUACCUGUUCCACACGCAGAGACGGGCAUCCGCAUUGGAAAAUAUGAUGAUUGUACGCCCGUUGCUGAUGGAGUCACGUCGGAAGUUUACCGUUCCAACAACCAAGCUCUCAAAGUCAUCGUUCAGCAUAAUAUCGAGCCUCACAGUCCGCAAAGGGAAGCCUCUAUUCUUCGAGAGCUGCACUCGUUAAGUCCACCACCGGAGAAUAUUAUUGCACUGACUGAAACGUUUCGGGACCAAGAACAACAGUUUGUCCUUGUUUUCCCAUAUAUGCCAAUGACAUUAGCCGACGCGCUUCAGUCUAGGAACUUGUCAUUGCAGCAAGUUCGAUCCUUUUUUGAAGACAUUCUGAAGGGAUUGGCCUUCAUCCACAAAAAUGACAUUAUCCACCGAGACAUCAAGCCCUCGGCAAUACUGCUGCAGUCAACGUCGGGACCAGCGUUCAUAUCCGAUUUUGGCACCGCCUGGCACCCUCGACUUUCAAGUUAUACUGAACCACGAGAUAACAAAAUCCUAGACAUUGGCACCGGAGCGUACCGCGCUCCAGAAGUUCUAUUUGGGAAUAAGAGUUACGGUGUGCAGGUGGACAUGUGGGCUGUGGGAGUUAUGCUCGCAGAAGCUAUUUCGUCGCCGGCUUUGCCACCGUUUGAAUCACGUUCUGCUCACGAAGACGGGAACCAACUUGGUCUCAUUCUGAGUAUUUUCAAGACCAUGGGCACCCCAACAGCAGGGACGUGGCCGGAAGCAGCAACGUUCAGAGUCACGCCAUUUGAGCUGUGGGCGGUAUUCCCCCAACGUAGCUGGGAGGAUAUUUUGCCCAAUACGGAUGAAACAUUUAGGGACUUGGUGGGAAGGUUGGUGCGCUUUGAGUCUGGGACAAGAGACACGGCUGAUGAGGCCUUAACUCACGCAUGUUUCACAAAACUCUAA